AUGGAAGAGCCAGGCUGUAAUGAGCAGGGGUUAGAACUUUCUAAUCAAGAGGAAGAGCUUGAGGAGGGUUAUGAUGAAGACAUAGCAGGGACCUUAGACUGCAACAUGUUCAACCUUUGUCAUGCAGAUAGCAUGGAAGAAGGAAUACCAGAGCCAAAUGAUGUUCCUAGUUGCAACAUGGUAUUCACUUUAUCCUCGAAGUACGCUCUUCUAAGGCCAAUUCCAUCUCAUCUAUUCAUUGGAGCUGAGAUGGAAGGUAAGAGAGUGAACAAAAUUCUCGUCGAUGGUGGUGCAGCAGUUAGCAUUAUUACAGUGAAGACAGUCGAAGCACUAGGCAUUGCAAAGAAAAAAGUUCUCAGUAGCAAUCUUAAGGUCAGAAGUUUUUUUGGCAACUUAACUAAGACCUUGGGAGUUUUGAUCCUCAAAGUCAAGAUAGGACCUUCCGAGCUGUUCCAGACAUUCUUUGUUACAGACUGCAUAGCUCCAUACAGCAUCAUACUCGGCAGGGAUUGGAUACACAUAGCUUAUUGUGUCCCUUCUACUUUACACCAAGAAAUGCUGAUGUGGAAUCCCGCAACUGAUAAGGCAGAGCUAGUGAAAGCAGAUGAUAGACCAUACUCAGUCACUUCUGCAUCUUGGAUGCUGAGGGAGGAGGAGUUUAUUCAACCAGCACCUGCAGCUUUGGAUGAGACCCCACCUAAAGUGAAAGAUCUAGUGGAGAAAAUUAAUCUUGGGAUGACAGAAGAGCCCAUGGAGUUUGAGGACAUGCCAGGCUUGUCUCCAGAUUUGGUUUGUCAUCGCUUGCCCAUAAUGGAAGGUUACAAGCCUGUGCAACAAAGUCCACAGCGAAUGAGUGCAGACACAGCAGCAACAGUCAAGAAAGAGUGGUUGUCUAACAUAGUACCAGUGCGGAAGAAGAAUGGCAAAAUUCGCGUUUGUGUCGACUACAUGAAUCUUAAUGCUGCAACACCGAAAGAUGUCUAUCCCAUGCCCGUGGCAGAUAUGUUGGUAGAUGCAGUUGCGGGACACGAGCUACUAUCCUUUAUGGAUGACACAGCUGGUUAUCACCACAUUCCUGUUUAUGAACCGGAUAGACACAAAACAGCUUUUGAUGUCCAGGGUUCACUGGAGUUUUAUAUUGAUGAUGUGGUGGUCAAGUCUAAGAAGAAAGAAGACCACAUCGAGAAUUUAAGGACAGUGUUCACCAGAAUGAGAAAGCACAAGCUCAGGAUGAACCCAGCUAAAUGCAUUUUUGGGGUUCGAGCAGGAGACUUCUUGGGUUUCAUAAUGCAUGAAAGAGGUAUUGAGGUUGUGGAGGACAAGGCAAAAGCGGUUCUAGAUGCUCUGGCACCUAGGAACAAGAAGGAACUUCAGACUUUUGAUAAAAUUAAGGAGUACCUUACUCAUCCACCUGUUCUUAGACCUCCACAGCCUGGAAUACCAUUGAAGCUAUACAUUUCAGCUUCCCCCUACUCAAUAGUAGGACUCUUAGCACAAGAUGGUGAUGGAGAGGGGGGCAAGAAGAUUGAACAUGCAGUUUACUACUUGAGCCGGACCUUAUUGGAGGCUAAAACUAGAUACUUGCCAAUUGAGUGGUUGUGUUUAGCUUUGUACUUUGCUGGUACUAAGCUCCGCCAUUACAUGAUGUCCUUUACCACGGUGGUGGUGGCACAAACUGAUUUAAUGAAGUAUAUACUUACCCAACCUAUGCUUAGGGGUCGGAUUGGCAAGUGGAUCUUGGCGUUAUCAGAUUUUUCUUUACAAUAUACACCUUUAAAGGCGCUUAUAGGACAGGCAGUCUCCGACUUUUUGUUGCAUCAUCCUAUUAUUGAGGAUAUAGAAGACCAGAACGUGAUUGUUUCCUUUGUCCACACUCAGCCUUGGGUUCUGUAUUUUGAUGGCAGUAACACUGAUCAUUUAUCCGGAGCAGGAGUUGCAUUGGUUAGCCCCUCUGGAGCAAGGCAUUGUUAUUCCUUUCAACUAGAACGAAAGUGCACUAACAAUCAAGCAGAAUAUGAAGCAAUCAUCAUUGGACUGGAACUUUUGCUUGAUCUAGAAGUAACAAAGGUGGAAGUAUUAGGUGAUUCACUAUUAGUCAUUAACCAGCUCAAAAGUGUCUACAAGUGCAAUAAUUUUACAUUACUCCCUUUUUGGGAGCGAGCAUCAGAGUUGUUAGACCAAUUUGCAAACGUGGUGCUUGAUUAUAUUCCUAGGGAACGAAACUUUGCUGCCAAUGAAUUAGCACAGUUGGCUACUGGUAUCCGCUUGGCAGAUGGCGUUCGCGAGAGGAUUUUAAAGGUUCAGAGACGCACAUUACCUUCCUUUAUGGCAAGGAAAGAGGUUAAAGAUGAAUGGUUGGUGGCUGUUGUUGACUCUAUUGAUGUAGAUUGGCGACAACCAAUUAUCCAGUACCUUAUGGAUCCUUCUGCACCUGUGGACAAGAGGGUUAUAUAUUUUUCUACUAACUAUGUUCUUCGAGGCGAUGAACUAUUUCGCAGGGCAGAAGACGGCUUGUACCUGAGAUGCAUCUAUGGAGCUGAGGCUAAGAGGUGCAUAUGA